UUUUGAAAAUUCUCUCCCUGCCGUCUGGUGAUUUUUUUUCCUCGGUUGCGUCUCGAAAGCGGGAAUGCAUGUCGUAUAUUUAGGUUAUGUUGUGUCUCGCGGUGCGAAAAUAGAUUCUCUACUUUCCCCUCAGUUACUUGAAUAUCGUAGUAUGGUAUUUAGAACCUAGGACGGAAUUUAGGUGUUUUGUUAUGUAGGGUUGCUCAAUCUGAUUUCUGAAACGUCCCUGCGAUAAGGCCGCUCCGUAUUGAUGCAACUCGCAUCAGAUGCAUCAUGCCAACAUACGCCACUUAGUGACUCGCGAUUCGCGUUGAUAAUCGCGUUUAGAUAUGAUUAGAGACCUGAGUUUUUAUCGUCGUACUGUCAAGUUGUGCAUACGCUCCUCUGUACAUAAACGAGUAAUCAAUAAAGCGAAAUUAUUACCUGGUAUCGAGUAUAUGGACUCUAACAGCCGGUACGAUUUCGCGGCAUUUAGCAGUCUCGCCAACGAAGACAUGGACGCGUUCAGAUUCACGGAUUACGAUUGCAUCGGUUUCGACCUGGACAACACUCUGCUACGUUACAACAUCACGAAUCUGGUGUACGUGGAGUACGAGAUGCUCGCCAAAUUUAUGGUGGAUAAACGAGGAUACCGCGGGGAUCAUCUGUUAAAGCCGUUGACAGAUGACGCCUUGGACUUCAUGCAGAAGGGAUUGUUGCUAGACUUUGAGAGGGGAAACAUACUCAGGGUGAGUCCGGAUGGUAUUAUCCGCAGAGCGUGUCAUGGCACACGUUUGUUAAAUAUGGAUCAGAUAAGGGAAAUAUAUCCUGAGCAAAGAUCGGAAAUCACGGACACUUUCUGUCGUGACGUAAUGGCAACCUGGAACGGUCCUCUGUCUGAGAAAGUGAGGAGCCUGUUGGAUUACUUCGAUAUAGUGGCGAGCAUCGCGUUUGCGCGGACUGUAGAUACACUCGAUGAGGAACACGAAUCACCUUUGGACAGAUACAACAUCUGGCCUGACGUGCUGGCUGGACUGAUUCACAUGUUCUCGAGAGACCAUUUUCAAUCAAACGACGGAAUUUGGUCAGCUUAAAAAAAUCCGGAGAAAUAUCUACGUAAAUGCAGUUCAGACACGAUCUCAUGGUUGAAAGAAGUAAAGAAAAAAUCCGCGACCUUCCUCAUUACUGGAUCGAACGCAGAUUUUACAAGUUUUACUGCGAGUUACGCUCUCGGCGAGGACUGGCGAUCUCUCUUCGAUAUCGUAGUGUGUUACGCGAGGAAGCCGGGUUUCUUUAUUAGUAAUCGGCCGUUUUUUGAUGUUGUAAAUAACAACGAGACCAAUAUCAUGAACCAAGACCUAAAACGAGGUGAAAUAUACAGUCAAGGAAAUUGGAAUGAUCUAUUAGAAUUUCUCGCUCGUAUAACGGGGAAGACAAAUCAACGCUGUUUGUACAUUGGUGACAAUCUCAUACAAGACAUUUAUGUACCAAAUGCAUUUGUAAACUGCGAUACACUAGCUGUAAUUGAGGAACAAAUGUCAGAAGGAAUGCUUCAUCACAGUUUGACUCAUCCAGACGAGAAGAUUUUAAAUUCAAAGUUUUGGGGAUCAUAUUUUUGUUUAAAAGAUUCGACAAUUAACGUGGACUCUUUAUGGGGACAUAUAAUAAAGAAAUAUGCAAAACUCUGUAUACCAGAUAUCGAUUUGGUAGCACAGAGACCAUUAGACGAAUACAUUCCUUGUUUCAAUAAAAGUGGAAAAUAUUGCGGAUAUUAUCCCGCUGUACCACUUAGUAUAUCAGCGAUAUAUAAUAAUAUAUAAAUAAUAUAUAAAAAUACUAACAAUUUAAUUAUGUUGCAUUAUUUGUAACGAAAAGAA